ACUAAACAAAAAAGCCUCUGUAAGAAACCAAGAAAAUAAUAAUACAUUCUACUCCGAUCACUCUCUCUAAAUUUUACUCUCUUAUUCUUAUUUUAUCAGUUAAUUAUUACCAUAAUUAAUCUUCAUCAUCAGUGUUAGUAUCUCACUGACAUUAACACCAGUCGCCAGCUUCGUGCUUCUUAUUGCAUACCUCUGUGAGGAUCUUGAGACUGGAGUCAGAGAAGAAAAAGAUUAUAUAUGGAGGACGGCGUAGGAAGAGGUUUGGAAUGCCAGAAGAUUAUGGAUGGGAAGGUGAAUAAUGGCAAUGGACCAGAGAAGGCACUCCCUUCUUGUUGCUUAAAGGCUAGGGCUUCUGCACCGGAGCUUGAUGCUAAAUGCCAUUCUACCGUUGUUUCUGGGUGGUUCUCAGAAUCUCAAUCCCGCUCUGGUAAAGCUUGUAAAAGGGUGUACUUCAACAAUCCAAUGUGGCCUGGAGAAGCACAUUCAUUGGAAGUCAAAAAGAUUUUGUACCAGGGGAAGUCGGAGUACCAAGAGAUCUUGGUUUUUGAGUCAUCUGCAUAUGGCAAAGUGCUUGUUCUUGAUGGUAUUGUCCAAUUAACCGAGAAAGAUGAGUGUGCUUACCAAGAGAUGAUAGCUCAUCUUCCACUUUGUUCAAUUCCAUCACCUAAAUCUGUUCUGGUUGUUGGUGGCGGUGAUGGUGGAGUUCUUAGGGAAAUUUCACGCCAUAGUUCUGUGGAUCUUAUUGACAUAUGUGAGAUAGAUAAGAUGGUUAUUGAUGUUUGUAAGGAAUUCUUCCCACAAUUAUAUGUUGGCUUUGAGGAUCCUCGUGUUCGACUACAUGUAGGGGAUGCUAUGGAAUUUCUCCGGCUUGCUCCAGAAGGGAAGUAUGAUGCAGUUAUUGUUGAUUCGUCAGAUCCUGUAGGUCCGGCUCAAGAGCUUGUAGAGAAGCCCUUUUUUCAGACAAUAGCGAAAGCAUUAAGGCCUGGUGGCGUCCUUUGUAACAUGGCAGAGAGUAUGUGGCUUCAUACACAUCUUAUUCAGGAUAUGAUCUCUAUUUGCGGUGAAAUAUUCAAGGGUUCUGUCCGCUAUGCCUGGGCAAGUGUUCCAACAUAUCCAAGUGGCGUGAUUGGAUUUAUCGUAUGCUCAACAGAGGGGCCACCUGUUGAUUUCUUGAAUCCUAUCAAUCCUAUUGAGAAGUUAGAAGGUGCAGACAAGUAUAAAAGAGAGUUACGGUUCUAUAACUCAGAGAUUCACACGGCAGCCUUUGCACUGCCGACAUUUUUGAAGAGAGACGUGAGCUUGCUUCGUGACUCUCCAGCACGGGGAAAAAGAAUCCAUAUCUCUUCUUAAUUUAACCAAUGGCUAUGGUUAUUGGAGUGCGACGAUUGUAGGUGGUUAGUACACAUAGUUGCAGAGGUGUGAUGAAGACAUUGAAGGGGUGUUUGUUACAGUCAUAAAUCACCAUUUCUCAGUAGCAGCCGAGUUUGUUGUGUUAUGAGCAUUGUAAUCCUAUAUAGACAAUGUUUCUGAAGAGUAUAUGAAUAAAAAAACAGUUCCUGCUUC